AUGACUUUGCCGUUGUGUACAUGUAUUCCUCAUCGUUAUUUGGUAGUCACCUUUUGCUUUGUCAUCACGUUGAUCACCAUUGGCUAUCGUGCUUGCUUCGCUCUGAUGGCCACACACAUCUCGUUCUACAAUUCCACGGACAGUAAAGCAGCAUCUACAAAUGAAGAUUCUAUUUUUCCAAAUUGUACAGCAACAGGAGGGUCACGUUCAAAAGUGGUCUACUGGAGCGGAUCUACGGUGUCCUUGUUUCACACAGCUUAUUUUGCUGGCCAGUUUGUGAUGUCUGUCCCUGCAGGAGCAUUAGUUAUGAAAUUUUCACCCAAACGAUUAUUUGGUCUGACAUUGCUGGCUUCCAGCGUCUUACAGCUUUUACUGCCUGUAGCUACAGACGUUCACGACUGGCUCACUUUCGUCAUCAGAACAGUCCAGGGCAUGCUGGAGGCUGCUUCUAUCCCUGCCAUGAAUGCUGUAAUCUCCGCCUGGGCUCCAAAGACUGAGAAAGCUCGACUCAUCAAUAUUGCCUAUUCUGGGGGGUAUUUGAGUCCAGCUGUAGCCUUGUUUUCUGCCGGAGCCACAGCCUGUUACGUCAGCUGGGACAGCAUCAUGUACAUAUACGGAUCAAUAGGAGCUGCCUGGUGUAUCAUGUGGAUGAUGGUAAUCGCUUCAAGUCCCUCCACACAUCCUAGAAUUCUUCAAGAAGAGGAAAGUCUGCUGAGGCGAAGUGGCGUCUCAACAACUCAAAAGGCAAAUUCAAACCAGUCAGUGCCAUGGUGCAAGUUCUUCACGUCUAUGCCUGUAAUAGCCAUUUGGGUGGGUGCAUUUUGUCGUAACUUCAUUUUUGCCUUGCUCAUCACCGAAGUCCAGCAGUAA